CUAAGACAAUGGCAGAGCCCCACUUAAUUUCCACCAUUUUUUUGCCCCACUGGCGAAGCGGCGAUAGAGGAAUCCGCUUCUUGUACCUUGCAGACUGUUGCUCCUUUAGGAUCAGCCAGAGCUGCGAUACGAAGGACUCUAUGCUUCCUCUGUUUCUUGGUGCAGACUUGUUCGCAAAAACUAAUAUCCGAACUGAGAAUCAUCCUAGAUACCAUGCAAAGUUUGCUAAGAAAGGGCUGGCUACCAAACUUGCAUUCUCAUCUGGGUUCCGAUUACAUGGCCUGAGACUCCCCACUGGAAACAACAGUCUAUGGUUUUACAGCAUCCAGGGUGUUUUUCGUGUGGCUUUCGAGCUCUACAGCCAGCAUGAGCAACUGUCUGUCUUGGAAGCAUUUCAGGAGCUGUGGAAGUCACGAAUGAAUGACGGCCCGUUGAACAUGUGUUACUGUCUGAGUGUGCAGCUGGAUCCUCCAAGUCCAGAAGUUGUUGUGAAGAUCCACGACAGAGAGCUGCAGCUGAGGUUGAGCUGUUCAAAUGCCCCAGAAAUAGAUGUACAUUCCCCUCAGCUGCUGGAAGGUGGCAGCACAGCCCACCAGGAAGAGGAGCGCCCUCCUACAGUGACCUCAGCAUCCGACCAUGACUACUGCCGCCACGCACGUGUAAUCUCCCCAGACUGGUAUCACAGCACUUCCCAGAAAAUCCAAAGUUUAUUGGUUAUCAUGGAGGACUUGAUGGGCGAGGUUGAGAAGGAGAAACAAGAGACUGUCUCGCUACUUUUGGAGCACAUGGAGCAGAGUAUGAAGGGUAGGUUAGAUGAGAGGGGACUGUCCGACCUUGUAUUGCGUCUCCUAGAGUCACAAGAACAGAGAGCCAUGGUCCCAGGCUCUAUAUACUGCAGCCCUCUGCUCUGCACUGUUGCCGGGUGGCUGGGCCACCGUUUUCAUACUGCAAACAGCUGCAUCAGCCAGCAAGUGGAGAGCUUUAAGAUGCAGCACAUCGACCACAUCACAGAUCUGCCAGCUGCUGAGCAGCUGGCUGCUGAGCUGUUUCCUGAGGCCAUGCGGGUGCUGCUUCUGAACUGGAUGGGCCUGAGCGACAGCAGCGCCGUCUGGAAGCGGCACAGCGAGUAUCCCAUCCUGCUCCUGAUCCUCGAGUUUGCGAACCACAAUCUUAUCACAGGUGUGGCCCAUGUCCUGUACUCUAGUUUGAUAUGCAAAUAGACCAACAUACAAAAUUUAUUGUACAUGCGAUGUACAAUUUAUUUUUACAAGUCAUCGGUACAGACCAGUAAGCCCAUUAUUUUUCAUGUUGCCAAAUCAAUAAAGCACAAUUAUCAGCUCA